CCGCGAAGAAGAACAGCCGCCGUGCGGGACAUAAUGGUGGAUAGGUAGGAAACACGCUGUCGCUCCAGAGUAGCCUCGCCUGACUGUUGCUCGACUUCCAGCGGCCGCCGCGGACUCCCGGACCCUCGGACUCCCCUGGGUCGACAGCUGCUCGCACUGAAACGACGCCCUGGACCGCAACAAAAUGCCGAACAUCAAAAUAUUCAGCGGGAGCUCACAUCCGGACCUGUCGCAGAAAAUAGCCGACCGCCUCGGUCUCGAGCUGGGGAAGGUUGUCACGAAGAAAUUCAGCAACCAGGAAACGUGUGUGGAGAUCGGGGAGAGCGUUCGCGGGGAGGAUGUCUACAUCGUGCAGAGUGGCUGUGGCGAGAUCAAUGACAAUUUGAUGGAGUUGCUGAUCAUGAUCAACGCCUGCAAGAUUGCCUCGGCCUCCAGGGUGACUGCUGUCAUCCCCUGCUUCCCCUACGCCCGGCAAGACAAGAAGGACAAGGUGGGGAGCCGUGCUCCCAUCUCUGCCAAGUUGGUGGCCAACAUGUUGUCAGUGUCGGGCGCUGACCAUAUCAUCACCAUGGACUUGCACGCCUCACAGAUACAGGGAUUCUUUGAUAUCCCAGUUGAUAACUUGUUUGCAGAGCCAGCUGUGCUGAAAUGGAUUAGAGAGAACAUCGUUGAAUGGAAAAACUGUACCAUUGUCUCACCUGAUGCAGGAGGAGCCAAGAGGGUCACCUCAAUAGCUGACCGGCUGAAUGUGGAUUUUGCUCUUAUUCACAAGGAGAGGAAAAAAGCAAACGAGGUAGACCGCAUGGUCCUUGUAGGAGACGUGACGGAUCGGGUCGCCAUUCUAGUGGAUGACAUGGCUGACACAUGUGGUACAAUCUGCCAUGCUGCUGACAAACUAAUUUCUGCUGGUGCCACCAAGGUGUAUGCCAUCCUCACUCAUGGCAUUUUCUCUGGCCCAGCUAUCUCACGCAUCAACAACGCCUGCUUUGAAGCGGUGGUGGUCACCAAUACUAUCCCUCAGGAGGAGAAGAUGAAACACUGUCCCAAAAUACAGGUUAUUGACAUCUCCAUGAUCCUUGCAGAGGCCAUCCGCAGAACUCACAACGGCGAGUCUGUGUCGUACCUGUUCAGCCACGUCCCCUUGUAACAAAUGCUGUUUACCAUCAAAUUGUGUGCUGUUACACCAAAAAGAGAAGCGUCCCACCCCCCAACUCCAACACGACCAUGAGCGAAGAUGUUUUGGCUAGCCAUGGGAGGAGGGGAAAAAAGAAGGAAUUUACGGUCAUGUAUCUUACUAACGCUAACACCUCUCACUUCAGUUCCUUCCCCUGUGAGCAGUGUCUCUUUUGUGUCCAGGGCGCCAAAGCAAUGGCAAGCUACUAAUUUAGGCCAGCAUAUUUAUUUUACAUUGAUAAAUAAUUCACAACAAACUUUGUCCGCCAUGUAGACAGCGUUUGUCCUGACCAUUUCAACUCUACAGGAGUCUUUUCAGCCUGCUGUCAAAUAGCUCAUAUCAAUAUCCCGACAGGUCCCAGUGGUCAGGAGAAGCAUCUGGCUAAUAAAGCUGUUACAGUGCUUUUUUUGUUUUGUUACUAUGAACGAGUGUAGUUUUUUUUUUUCCCCCAUACUGCUCUUGUAUCCUCUGCUAUUGGAAAUUUUAUAAUGAAGUGAAUGUGUACUGAACUAGUUUACAGUGCCACUGAAGUUCCACUCGACCCAGAGUGCCUCAACAGUCUGAAAUAAAAUGAGUCUUUCCACCAGUCACCAAUGGUGUUUUUCUCACUUUUCCCUCAGUGGAUGUGGAUCUGCCACGUUUGUUAACAGGCUGUAGAAGACAUCUUGGUAUGGUUCUUUCAGCUCUUGAGGUGAUCUCGUUGGGUGGCGUUUGCCCAGUGUCCAGGGUUUCUUUCUAUAAACGAGCUGUCUGGUUUUUAGCUUGGGGUCUCCGCCGGCUGGAGCUUCCUUCAGAAAUAUUCACCUGCUUUUUUUCUCUCUCUCUAUCUCUCUCUCUCUCUCUCUCUGUAUGUCUGAAGUAAGGAUUUGUCAUUCAUGUGCAUAUUCCAGAUGUUUGUGUUUAUGGUUUUCAGUAGGAGGAAUGCGCCAGUUAUCUGAGGGUGUGUUCUUAAUAAAAAUGGAAUAUGUAUAAAAUCUUUGAAA